GGAACAGCAAUGCUCACUCCCUUGUGAGGUUAAUGACUGAUUAUGUGCCCAACCAACCCUGCAGGCUGAAAACGGUUUGCUUAAACUGAGCAUUCUCCAACCUUUUCCAAGAGUGAAUCCUGUGCAAUUAUUUUUUGUUGCAGAAGCACCUAUGAGUUUCAAUCAUGCGCCAGGCCCCCAUUGUGCUAGGCCUGGGGUUGUGCAAACACAAACCAAGUGGGCAGUUCCUGCCCCAAAGAGCUGCCAUCCUAGAGAGUGUGUCUCUUGGCCGCUCCCCUCCCAAUGGUGUUCAGAUUGUGUCCCAGCAGCAAUUGCUGCUAUGGGAAAGAUGCUAGGAGUGGGUUUGAUGAGUUUAGCUUCGUUUAUUGCAAUGUAUCAGCUGGAAAGGAGGAGGAGCCAAUGCGAUGUGACCAGCCUGUUCUCAGCUACUCCUUGGACCGCAGUCCCAGGAUGCACCUGGCCUGGCUGCCAUCUGUCUCUCGUGUUAUCGGUAAGGCCCUGUUAAAUCACGGUUUCAGGGACUGCAUGGAAAUUGUGAAAUUAGCCCAAUAUUGUGAUUUUUUCCAGUAAAGGGGGGAGACUGAAGUGGGGAUGGAACAACUCACAGUAAUGGGGUGCAGGCUGGGCUGGUUUCAUCAAAUGACACUGUCUAUCCAGCUCAGGCUGUCGUUAGAGCUGCCUGCCUGGCCAGCAGGGAGAGGGGAGCCCAGCUGACAAUGCUGCGGUUAGGAGCCCUGGCCCUGCAGCAGGCCCAGUGGAGACACAGCAAGGGCUGAGCCCAGGAUCUGCCACUGGGUGCAUGAGAUGGUGUAUUAGAGGGCCCUGCCCCAGUGCUGGGGAGUGGGGUGGAAAGAUGGAUUCCAGACUCACCUCCACUCUGCCAGGGCAGGGCCCCCUCACGCACCUGGUUGUGUGCCAAGUGCAGAUCCUAGUCUCAGCUGCUGCAGUGUUUCCCUGGGCCCACCAGGGGCUGCUGUAGGUUGAGACAGUCCAGGGCUUCUAAGCACCAUGUGUUAUCAGUGCCGUCCCCUUCUCUGCACCAGCCAGGCAGGGAACAGCAGCUGCAGCCUGGACCGAGAUGGGCUUGGACAGCUGGUGCCGUGUGGUGAAACAGCUGCACCGGCCCACCAUCGUACCUUGCUCCUCAGCGUAGGACUGACCUGUCGCCUACCCCCAUGAGUAUCUGUGGCUUCAGGCGGGAGGUGGAAGCCAGGAUGCCUGCUUCCAUCGCCCCAUGGGGAAAAUUGCCGCAGUUUGGGGCAGGGAAAGGGGAGACUUGGCGGUUGUGCCUGUCCUGUGAAAUUCAAACAUUGAGCUGUGACAAACACCCUGCAAUUUAUACAGGGCCUUAGUUACAGUGGCCAGGCCUUCAUUCCUCCUUUCUUUUUUUCUUCUCUCAUCCUCCUUUCCUGCAAGCAGCCUCUGCAAUGAGGAGACCUAUGGUGCUAGCCAAUGGUUGGCUUUCAGAGCCCUGGGGUUGUGAAGGGAAGAGGUGGGGGCUGGCUCUGGAUAGCUGGGGACAGUAGGGAUUUAGGUAUCUCAUUGCUACAGGGAGGGGGUGGGACCUGUCAUUUCAUUGCACGGCAGAGAAGUGGGCAGAAGACAGGACUUCUGGCUGGUGGAAAGGGGGGGAGCAGGGACACACACAGCAAUUGAUCUUUUCCCUUGAAGCUCUUGGGAAAGAUUCCCAGCUCAGUGUCUUUGAGACUCAGCAGGAGCUAUCCCAGGAUCAAGGGAGAUUAGCCUCAGCUGCAGUACCAAGGAAUGGCCAUGGGGUGUUGCUGCCUCUUCAAUGCUGAAGGGCUGGGAGCUAAGCAAGGUGAAGGCUCCCCUGGGUUUGCUACCCAAUGGCCUGACCAAUCCCUCCACCGCUUGCUCUCAGCCAAGCACCCUGUGGCUGCAUCUCUUCGCCCCUUGCUUUCUGUCUAAUGCAAUCGCCUCUUGCUUCGGCCACAGCCCCACUGGCUGCUCUCCCUGCUUCUGUUGCCUCACAGUAAUGCUGGGACAUGGGUGCAGCGGGCGCUUGGGUACUCUGGGCACCUGCGCCUGUGUAGUGCCCUCUGUGUGGCUCAGGGCCCAUCCAGGCCAGAUGCACCUAUCAGCCUGUGUUGCGAUCAGGCAGCAGGGCUGGAAAUACCCGCAGCCCUCAUCUGGGAUGUUGGCCUGCAUUGUGAGUGCUUGUAAAGUGCUUUGAGAUCCCCCUGCAGCCUGGGCCUCCGCUCCCUCCAGCUGGAAGCUGUCCUGUUUCUCCAGCUGGUUGCUAUGCACUGGUUGCUAGGAUACUGGCUGUGACUGGGCAGGCCUGCACAUUCCUCCAGCGAGCUCCUAACCCUGCCCAGCGCCUGCCAGGACCUUGCCAGAGCAUUGCCUGGGGCAGCUACUGGGCAGCCUGCCCCCCAGAGAUCCAGCCCUCCCUCCACCAUGGGGCGCCUCCCCCUGGGCGGUGUCUCACCCUAUGUGAGGACCAGCGCUGGUGGGAGUGUGGACCCUCUGAAGUUCUACGCCACCAGCUACGGCACGGCUUAUGGGCAGGAGAGAUUCCAUCCUCGCGUCGGCCACCACUCCGGAGCCGGGUACAAAUCCAAUUACCGGCCUGUCAUCUCUUACAAGGCCAGCCUGGAUCAAGUGGAUAAUCCAGCUGUGGGACAGCUCCUUCAAGAUAACUAUGACACAGUGACCACCAAGCACUUCCGGCCCCUCCAGCUUCCCGAUGGCAAGUACCCCCUGCCCUGGAGCGUCUACCAGCCGGGGAGCGGGUUUGUUCGAGACAAGCCCAUUUCCUUCCCCACCACCAAAGCCGUUAAGAAAGUCCACUUCAAUACGCGGGACCAGGGGCCGCGAGCCAUCACAGGGCUGGAGCCCAGACAACUCCCUGUCCUGCACAAGCCCCAGGGGAAAGGCUCCGUCGAGGGGGAGAACGCCAGACACGGCCCUCUCUACAUGUCCACAGAGUAUAACUCCAAGUUCCGCUUCGACGGUCCCAGCCAGCCAGAUUUCUUACAGAGGAAGACGAUAGGAGCCAAGGAGGAGACGGGAUUCACUGAGGGCACCCAGCGGAACCCCAUUGCAAUCUUGCCACCUCCUCCGGGAGAGCCAAGGAGCCAGCCUGGCAUCAGCAUCACCAAGAUGGACUUCCUGCCCAGCACUCUCCCCCAUGGCGAUGAGUUCCUGCCUGUGCUGUCGAAGGGCUCCGAGCGAGAGACGGGAUUCAGCCGGGACAAAGGCAAUGGCCUCAGUGCCAUGGGCCUGCUGCAUGCAGCACCCCAGCCUGGGGCCGAGAGAUCAGAGCCCCUGAGCCACGCUCAGUUCCGAGGGCUCCAGAGGCCCCUGCAGACCCAGACCAACCUGCUGGGCCGGGAGUACGUGGGGAACAAGGAACUCUCCGGAUUCAGCAUCAACAACAAGAAGUAUGUGACACCUCCCUAUGACCCGGACUUGCCCAACAAGUACCUGAGCAGCUACAACUCCAAGUUUUAUGACAACACCCUCAAGGGGGUGGACCGUGAAGGAUGGACCCGCGGAGGAAUCCAGCCCCAACAGCCAGGUGGCUUCGCCACCAAUAACCACGUCACUGAACUGGGCAGCGACCCCAAUGCCACGGAGACCCUGAGACGGGUCCACCCCCAUGUCGGCAGGACAAUCACAACAGUGGACCCGUUCUAUUGCGACACCCCUCACGACAGCCGCUUCUCUGCUCUUUACCAAACCGCCGUACCUGAGUAGAUCUGUGCCUCCACCCUGCAGGAGCUGGUCUCCCUGGGCGAGGCAGGGACUCCAGGGCUGGUCUCCCUCGGUGAGGCAGGGACUCCAGGGCUGGUCUCCUCCGGCGAGGCAGGGACUCCAGGGCUGGUCUCCUCGGCGAGGCAGGGACUCCAGGGCUGGUCUCCCCCGGCGAGGCAGGGGCUUCAGCAUCUCCCAAUGGUCUUUACUUCUCCAAGGAUAUAAAGAGAAAUCAUCACCCAGUGAAGGCUCAUUUGUUCUCAGUGGCCUAACUGCCAGCCCCCCCACCCCUUAGAUCCCACAGACCUCUCCUCCUCUGCCCCAUGGCCCCAUAAACUUCUCCUCUUCCCCAGGGACCCCAGGGGCCCCUUCCACCCCCGUUCCCUGCUGUUCUCACAGGGGAGCCCUCUGCUGUGCGAGCUGACCCCAGCUCUCAUCCCACACAUAGUGGUACCCAUGUGCUGCCAUGGGAGCUGGAUGGGGUCUUUGCAUCUGAAGGAUCAGCUGGUGCCUCCUGGCAGAAAGGGGAGCACAGCCCUUCCCCAGCACCUUGCCUGCUCUGGCCUGCGGGGGAGAAGUGCCAGGGCAUUCCUGGGCCCUGCAGUUCCAUUGUUUUGGCAUUCGGGCCCCAUCCUGCAUGGUGCUGAGCAGUGGGAGAGGAGGCAGCCUGGCAUCACGCAGGAUCAGGCCCUUUGACUUGAGACAGGAAACUGGGCCCUGUGUGUGCAGCAGUAAAUGGAGUUAACCAUUAGACAUGUGCUGCAGCCACCUGGGCUACCCCAGCUCACCCCAGGGUCUCUGCAGGGCCUGGCACUGUCCCUGCAGGGCCCUGGGGCUGUUACCGUGGGGCCUAGGGAUGUUCUCGCGGGGCCUGGGAGCUUUCACCGGCACCAGGGUUGCCUUGAUUUGGCCAUUAAAUCAUCACCCUCAAUGGAACAAGGCUCAUUUACAGCAAUGGAGGAGCUGGUGAUUUGUUCUUCAAACGUAGCCCUGUUGCUAAGGCCACCCAAGACCCAGCGGAGACUGCUGAGCUCUGGAGACGGGGGACUGAACCUGCCCUGCAGAGGCACGCUGAGAACCAGUGAGGCUAGGUCACUCUGUAAUGUCCCCCUGCCCCCUGCCCCCUCGGCAGAGUCUUCACUCAACGGCUGCUCUCCAGACUUAAGUCCAGGGCCCUGCACUGACUCCAGCUGAGUAACUCUGGGUUUGCCUGGCAGGAUCCCCCUCUGCCUGGCUGUUUCUCUUUCACAGCUCAAUCGCAGUGCUGUUUGUGAUGGUGGAGGCAGCUGUGUGGUGAUGCUGCUUGGCUCAGGUGCCCCAGCAUGUCGGUAAUGCCAUCCCGCUCAUGCACGUAUGUUAGGAACUGACUGGCGAGCUUUCCCUUGUGCCCUGAAAGGAGCAGCAUUUGGCCCAGCAGCACUGUGGCGGUACCCAGAUGGGAGAGGGGUAAUAGCAGAGCGAUGGGCUGGAAUUGUCUCUUCAGCUGCUAGCUGGUAACUGUUAAUAGACAGUCUGACACACCACUGCGUUUCCUCCCGGUCCUGUCACACUGUGCAUCUACACAUGCUGCAUUUAAGGACUCUCUUCCUACUGCUCCCCUCCCCAUCCCAAACAGCUGGCAGCUCGAUUCCCACACCCUCAGCAUGUCCCAAAUUCACCGGCACCACAUGGGGUGAUGUACAGGUAAUAGGAUCUUUUCCCAUGCCCCAUAACCUACUGUAUGGGGUAGUGCACACAGAGUAGUCUCCACGCUCCCAGCAUGGUGUGAUAGUACACACACAAAGCAGGGUCUCCAGACACCCAGCAUGGUGUGAUAGAUAGAUAGAUAGAUAUACACCCACACACGCACCACAUUCCCUGCAUUGUGUGAUGCACUCACGUACCAUAGGGUCUCCACAUUCCCAACAUGGCGUGGUGUACAUGUGCCCACACACAGUCGGAGCUCCACAUUCCCAGCAUGGUGUGAUACACACAAAGACAGAGUAGGGUUUCCAGCCUCCCAACAAGGUGUAAUGUUAUAUAGAUACACAGUGGGGUCUCAAUUCCCAGCAUGGUGUGAUGCUCGCACAUGCAAUAGGGUCUCGAGGCUCCCAGAUUGGCAUGAUGCACCCAUGGACAGUGGGAUCUCCCUGCAUGGGGUGAUACAAGACGUAAGCCUUUUUCCCUAUUUGGUGUAGUAUUGAGCUUUUGGCUCCUGGGGCUGCAAUGCACACCCGCUGCACUCCUGCCCUCGGUCUCACUUUCCGCCCCAAAACAUGAUAUCUCCCUCUUUCCAACUCUCAUGUUUCUCUCUGGAGGGUAGUUUCAUUUCCUAGUGCAUGUUUCAUGAGCUGGUGUGGGGCCUCUGACUUUGACAACAACGAGCACAAUCAGUGAUACCAAACAAGCCGGCCUCAUGUUGCAGGUAACACUACCUGGCUGCAGCUCUUUCCAGCACACCUGAGCCUGCCGACAGCUGAUCUCCCCCCCACCACACUCUGCAGAGGGGAAAGCUGGGUGGGGGCUGUAGCUUUGCCCAGCAAUCCUGCUACAUCUCACAGCUUCUCUGGCUACAGCUCACUCGGAGCCUUGACUUACCUCAUGUAAUGCUAGAUAUUAAAGGAAACUGCAAGUGAGGGGUGAAUUCUGA